CUGACCAUGCCCGGGUGACGGGAAAGGCGAGGGAGGCAGGGGACGGCUACCGGCCCGGCCCAGCCCAGCGCGCAGGAGCACCAGCACCAUCGCCACCAUUCGCACCAACAACGCCGCCGCGGCCACCCCCACCCCCGUCGUCACCCUUCGCUGAGGGGGGAGCCUGGCGCCCCGCCGCCCAGUGUCCAUGCCCGUGGGGCCGUCGAGCCCGGCUGCGGAGCCCCCGUCGCCGUGGAGCCGGCCGGGGCUGCGCGCUCCCGAAAUAUGAGCAGCCGCCCCACGGGAGGAUCCGGCUCGGGCGUGUGCUUCGGCCCGCGGGACACCGACAAGCCCUUCGCCGACUCGGAGCGGGCACAGAAAUGGCGCCUGUCGUUGGCCUCCCUGCUCUUCUUCACCGUCCUGCUCUCCGACCACCUGUGGCUCUGCGUUGAGGCCAGGCAAGUGGCCGCCGGGCACCAUCGGGACCGGGAGCGCCGCGCGGAGCCGGGCAUGGAGCACGACGUAGGGGGGACGGCCCCCAGCAGCAGCCCCGCGGCACCGGCCGCUGACCAGUGCUUCAGCUUGCUGGGCGACGCCGAGGCUGCCUGUCGCCGUUUGCAGCCGGGGGGCUCGGCCCAGGCGGAGCUCUACCUUCCCUUUUGUAAUUCCUAUACGCUGCGCGAGCUCUUCGCCGGGCUUUCUCGGCCGGACAUGCUGAACUGCACUGUGGACCGCGAAGGCGGCGGCGACGACGACGACGACGACGGGGGCGCUGGGGAAGGGGAUCGGCGCAGCAGGGAGGAGGAGGAGGAGGAGGAUUGGUUUCGCUCCUGCCGCCGCUGCGUCCUGGUUUACCAGAGGUACGAUCGGCAAGCUCAGGACCGCUACCGGGAGUUCGAGCUCGUGCUCCAGAAAUACCUGCAGGCGGAGGAGUACUCGGUGAAAUCCGGUCCGGAGGAUUGCAAGACUGUCUACAAAGCCUGGCUCUGUUCCCAGUAUUUUGAAGUCACACAGUCUCAUUGCAACAACACAAUUCCUUGCAAGCAAUACUGUUUGGAGGUUCAGACAAGGUGUCCAUUUAUAUUACCAGACAAUGAUGAUGUCAUCUAUGGAGGAUUAUCCAGUUUCAUCUGUACAGGGCUCUAUGACAAUUACCCAACCAAUGCAGAACCAGAAUGCUGUGAUGUCAGAUGGGGACUCUUAUCCGAUAACCAAUCCAAAGGGACUAUAAAAACAAGUGACUCAAUGAUGUGUCACCGGACAUCACUCACAGUUUCAUCAGCAUCAAGACUGUGUAACAGCAGACUCAAACUGUGUGUUCUUGUAUUAAUUCUCUUACAUACAGUACUCACUGUCUCAGCAGCACAGAAUUCAACAGAACUGGGCUUUGGAGGCAUAACAAAUUUUGAAGAUAAUUCCACCAAUGAGGAAUAAGAGACCUGAUCCAUCUCCUCCUACAGGCACACAGCAGGCCCACCCAUAUGGCAGUCAGACCCAAAAGACUGGACCUUUUUGCCCUCUGUUCACUCCUCCAAAAGCCUUCUGGGUAAAACUCAACCGACGGGCCACUAUCCAAACAAGGACACAUCCUAUACAGCUUUUUAUUGACUAAAAGGCUGUCUGGUGACUUAAAUUUCUCACACCAUUUUAUACACUGUGUUUUAAUGUUUGGAGUUUCUUUUUUUGGUUUGUUUUGCACUUGUUAAUACAGGAUUUUAUUUUUCAGACAGUUUCUCAGAGCUAAACUAAGUCUUUUCACUGUCUUUAUCUAUUUCUAGUCAUUGUGUGUGCUCAUCAAAUAGUUUGGUCUUUUAUGUCUUGUCAGUUUCUAUUAGAAGAAAGAACUGCUGUGGUUCCAUGGCAAAAGAUUUUUUUAAAAACAAAACAGUGAAAACCAGCCCUCCCCUCCCAGCCCUCCUCUCCACAAAACCAGUUCUCUUUUCCCCAUUAUAUUUUCCCCUGCUUCAAUGCCCCAGAGCAAACCAUUCCUGCUUGCUUUCCUUUGGUGUAAUCACAAUGAAUGGGUGUGCGGUCCAACGCACCUCUGCCACUGCUACACAAGUCAUCUGACUGGAGAAAUCCAAAGUAAGGGAGGGGCGAGGAGGAGAGCACAAUUAAUGGAUACUCUCCUUGAAAGUGGGAUCUGACAAUGAAACCUUAAUAUAAAGAAAUCUAUAACAAACUGUUGCUCCAAGGCCCAUUUUCAAAAAGUUUAGUCCUUUCUCACUGGUCAGUUGAACAGGAGUGGCCUGAUCUAGAGCACCAUGUGUGAAACCAAGCCAAGAGCUCAGUGAAGUGAUGAGAGGGGAGGAGAGACCUACACACUGGUGGGAAAAGUUUGGCAUUCAUUGUGAAUUACGGUUUUUAUUCCUCUAUUAUCACCUCUGUACCACAUGGUAAUACCAUCUACGAAAACCAAAAGGUUUAUGAAAAAAAAAAAGAAUUUUUUUUUUACCCCUGUUUGAUUCUGAGGAUAUCUAGAGAUAUCACGAAGGCUGUGAAGAACCCAAGUACCCUAUCAAGCAUAGGUAAUAUGGUCAUUGCAUGUGAGUGUACAUACUCUGAACAUAAAUAUUGGGCUACAUCUCUUGUGGAAUCACUUGCCCAACCAAGCAGAUGACCAUUUUAAAAUGAAUGCACUGUUGUGUGUUAUGCUGAUAUGGUUCCUACAGCCUGCGAAAUAGUUUCUGCUCCUCAAGGCAACAAUUAAAUCUUUGGAAGUAAGGUAGGGUGGGGAGGAGAUCAAAUUAAGUUAGUGCAGCUGGGAAAAGAAGUCAUUUUUUUUUCUUUUUUAAAGGAUAUUUUCAUGAGUGUGCAAUAAAAUUUAAGAUGCUGGGCUAUAAGUAGUCAAGUAUUGUGAGGGGUUGAUGGGAGAAGAUAAUCCAAUUGCCUUUUUCAUUGCUCUUUUUAUAGGACCAUAUCACCUGCUGAGUGGAUGGGAUCUUGCUUUUUAAAAUGGCUUUUUAGAGUUUACACUAGAAUAAAUGGAAGGAAAAGUUAAUAAGGGCUGUUUUUUAAAAAAACAAAACAAAACAAAAACUUUUCAUUCCUUCCUAUUCUCGAACUACACUUGGAAAGUGCACUUUAGAGCUGUUUGCGGUGUAGCUGAGAGAUGAAGGAAAAAAGAUAGGAAAUAUUCUCUUACUUCUUGCAUUAAAAAAAAUAAUAAUUCCUUGCCCAUUUCAAGAAAUGUUUCUGUUCCUCACUGCAGUGUUGAUAUGCAUUUUUAUUCAUGUUCUAUGAUUUGUGAAGUUCUGGGAAAAAAAAAAGACAACCUAGAGAAACAACCCUACUGCUUUAGCAGAUUAAACUAAUGCAUUUGUUAAGAUGUAUAAUCUGAACUAUUUUGCAAGACUUCUUGUUUUGAUAGUGUUUUGCUAUGACUGAGAAUGAGGAUCUUAAAAUGACCUGUGCAAAUACAAAACAAAACAAAACAGCACGUAAACGCAGAAUUCUUCAGCUUCAGUUUCUUUCCUUAUAUUUUCCCUCCUUUCCACUGCGCGUGUACACCUGUAGGUAUCUACAUGGCAUAAAGCACCACGCAUUGUGAGGUGGGGGUUUCCCCCCCUCCCGGAUGAGUACAUUUUCUGAUACAUAUUGUGGGAAUGCGCUGAAAAUAGGUAGGAUGGGGAAAGGGAAAGCUUUAUUCAAUGACGGAAUGUAAAUUUUCAAAGAAAAUCUGAUCUCGUCUUGCAAAAUCCGCGCAGCGAAAUCUGUACAGAGCCACAGCACUAGAAGGGCUUCAGUGAGAGCCGUGUGAAAAAAACCCUUAGGGGGAGCUCUUGUUCAACUGACCACUUUUUUUUCCUGAUCUUAACAUGUAAAUGGUCAGUAAACAGUUUGUUAUAUACCUUGAUCUACCUCUGCUGUACAAAGGCCAUUCAGCAACAUCCAUUUCUGUGGCAUUCAUGGCAUCGUUUUGUUUUUCCCAUGAAUUAAACAUUCAUAUUUUUUCCCUCCUUUUGUUUUUCCGCUAUCUCAACACAGUAGUGUGUUCUGUUCACAUCCCCCAGUUAAAAUAACAUUAAAAACAGAUGCUGAUUCUUCUCAGUGGGAUCCUGUUUUGCCUCAUUAUGGUCUACUGCAGAGAAUACCAGUCAAAAAUGUAUUCUCUUUCCCUCCCCACUCUCUGUCUGUCCCCCACCCCAUUCCCCGCCAUCCCUUUUCAGUUGCAUUUUUAGGGGGAGAAAUCAGCUCAACUUCUUUUUGGCUUCAGGCAGGGACGCAGGAGAAAAAAAAACUCAUUAAAAAAAAAACAGUGGCAACAUUAUUCAUUGCUUUUUUAAAAAAAAGCCAAACAUUGAGUAAAAUGAAAUAGGAAGCACAAACCAUUUUACUUAAAAAUAUAAUAAAACGUUCCUUCCUUUCCAAAUAGGUGCCUGCAGUUACAUUGUCUCUGUCACUACCCCAAUUCCCAAUCUAAUUCUUUUACUGAUUUUUCUUUUCUUUUUUCCCCCAAAAGGAAUAUAGUGUUCUCGGGAGACAGCUGCUGUGAUGUGUGUUAUUGUUUGGGCCUGGGUAUGUUUACUCCAGCAGUAUGGUCUGUAUUCUUUCUUAGCAGCGGCUAAGAAACCAUGCCUAGAACAAAAGGACUUUUUUAAUGAAGUUCAGAGGAACGUAAUCAUGUAUGAUGCAAAAGCUCAUCCCAUCCAUUUCUCAUCCGUAACCGUUUUCUUGGCACAAACCUGAGCAUGCUUGAUAUUGUGCAUCUAUUACUUUUGCCCAAAUAAAUUUGCAUCUUGCCACUGUAA